AUGCUGUAUAUAAUAAUUAUAGUCUAAAUGCUGCCUUAUCAUAUGAAAAUAAAGAUCCUAGAACAUAUAUAUCUAUGGUUCCAACAUCAGCUUUUACUGGAGAAGGCAUGGGAAAUUUAAUGGCUCUAAUCGUUGAAUUAUCUCAAACUAUGAUGGCAAAACGUUUAGCAUUUUCUGAAGAACUUCAAGCUACUGUUUUAGAGGUGAAAGCAAUCCCUGGUUUAGGUACCACAAUUGAUGUUAUUCUUGUUAAUGGAAGAUUGAGAGAAGGUGAUACUAUUGUUGUUGCUGGUCAAGAAGGUCCAGUUGUGACACAAAUCAGAUCAUUGCUUAUGCCUGAACCUUUGAAAGAGUUAAGAGUGAAGAAUCCAUAUAAUGAUUUUAGAGAAGUAGAAGGAGCACAAGGAGUGAAAAUUGCAGGAAAAGAUCUUGAGAAAGCUAUUGCAGGUCUUCAGUUACUUGUAGCUUAUCAUCCAGAUGAAGUAGAACUUUUAAAGGAAGAAGUUGCUAAUUCUCUUCGAGAUGCAAUUAAUUCCAUCAAAUUAGCAGAAAGAGGAGUUUACGUUCAGGCAUCCACUCUAGGUUCCUUAGAAGCAUUAUUGGAAUUUUUAAGGACGUCAAAAAUUCCGUAUUCUGGUGUGAGAAUCGGACCAGUAGUCAAGAAAGACGUUAUGAAAGCUUCCAUUAUGUUAGAACACGAGACACAGUACGCAGUUAUUCUAGCUUUCGAUGUUAAGGUAGAGCGCGAUGCCGAAGAGUUAGCUGAGAAUCUGGGAGUCCGAAUCUUCCAAGCCAACAUCAUCUAUCAUCUGUUCGACCGUUUCACUGCCUAUCAAGAUGAGCUGCAUCAGAAAAAGAGGGACGAGUAUAAGCACAUCGCCGUCUUCCCUUGCAAGCUUCGAAUUUUGCCCCAAUACAUCUUUAACAGCAGAGAUCCGAUAGUCAUCGGAGUGUCCGUUGAAGCGGGCGUCGUCAGAGAAGGAACCCCUAUUUGCGUACCCAGUCGAGAGUUUCUGGAUAUAGGGACGGUGACCACUCUGGAGCUCAACCAUAAAUCGAUAGACUCCGCUCGAAAAGGUCAGGAAAUCUGCAUCAAGAUCGAACCGCAUUCGGGAGAGGCUCCCAAAAUGUACGGGAGACAUUUCGACGAGACCGACAUUCUGGUCAGCAAGAUCACGCGUCAGUCCAUAGAUGCUUGUAAAAACUACUUUCGAGACGAUCUGCAAAAGCCGGACUGGCAAUUAAUGGUCGAGUUGAAAAAGAUGUUCCAGAUAUUGUGAUGUACCGGGAGAGAUGUAGAAAGAGAACUCGAACAUCGACGUAAAGUUUCGCGCGUAUAUGUAUGUACAAAAAAGUUUGUAAUUAUGUGUGUAUACAUACAUAAGUAAGUCGACACCAUCGUUCGUUUACGCGACCCUUUUGUUUUAUUUUUUUCUGUUGGCAUUUAUCACGUUUUAUGUUUUAAAACGAAGAAACGACCAAAAAAAAUGUACUAGCUACAAAUAACUUAAACAACUGAGGGAUGGGAUUUAUUAAUGAAUCAGAUAAAAAUUCUUUCCUGGUUUUCGGAAAAAAAGGAAAAUAAAAUAUUGCAUUGUACAUAAAA